UGGCGGAAUCUGUCACAAAACGGUUCUUUCGCCUGUAGACUUCCCUAGUGAUACAGUCCAUAUAUUUAUUCAGGAUCUUUCUCGCGACGGGGCCGCCUCUUGGAGCUUCUAGGCUGGUACAAGUGAGCGGGUGUCUCUGAUUGGAUUACCUGAACAGUACGCUGUCUGGUGGAGGACUGUUUCCUGUUGCUGACCAGUGAAGGGACCUGCGGGUGAUUGUGUUUCCUGUUGCUGACCAGUGAAGACACUUGCGGGUGAUUGUGUUUCCUGCUGAGGAGUACUGUGGCCCUGAUCUUGGUACACAUCAGACCAGCCCCCUUCCCUUCACACACACACACACACUAACCCCCCCGACCCACACACACACACACACUAACCCCCCCGACCCACACACACACUAUAACCCCCCUGACCCCCACACACUCCACCUGUCCCGUCCUCCUCCUCUCCAGGCCGUAUAUAUUUUAAAACUUCACUGAGGAUUCUCCAAGGACCAUCCUGUCAACAAUGACAUCACACAGUCACCAAGAAGGACUCCUGGGCAAGGAGCAGCAGCUGGAUGUCCUGAAGACGUCUGCCCUCAACCACAUCCCCACAGUGGACAUUAACUCUGCCCUGCCCCUGCGUCUGCCCCCGGCUGCCAUCCCCAUGGACCUACGCAUUGACCAGCACCAUCACCAGCAGCAGCUGUCCAUGUCUCCUUCUGCAGCCCAGGCCAGAGAGCAGCAGCUGUCCAUGUCUCCUUCUGCAGCCCAGGCCCAGGCGUCUGCAGCCCAGGCCAGAGAGCAGCAGCUGCAGCAGGAGCUCCUGUCCCUGAAACAGAAACAACAGAUCCAGAGACAGCAGCUCAUCGCUGAGUUCCAGAGGCAACAUGAGCAGCUCAACCGGCAGCAUGAAGCCCAGCUACAGGAACACGUUAAGCACCAACAGGAGCUCCUGGCCCUGAAACAUCAGCAGGAGCUGUUGGAGCACCAGAGGAAGAUGGAGAACCACCGUCUGGAGCAGGAACUGGAGAAACACCAGCGAGAACAGAAACUACAGCUGCUGAAGAACAAGGAGAGAGGACAGGAGAGUGCAGUGGCCAGUACGGAGGUGAAGAUGCGACUGCAGGAGUUUGUGCUGAACAAGAAGAAGGCUCUGGCCCAGAGGAGUCUCAACCACGGGGGGUUGCCCAACGACCCCCGCUACUGGUACGGGAAAACUCAGCACACUUCCCUGGACCAGAGCUCUCCUCCUCAGACUGGUAUGGGUACCUACAACCACCCUGUCCUGGGCAUCUACAACGCUAGAGACGACUUCCCCCUCCGCAAGACAGCCUCUGAGCCCAACCUGAAGCUACGUUCUCGUCUGAAGCAGAAGGUGAGCGAGCGACGGAGCAGCCCCCUACUGAGGCGUAAAGACAGCCCGAUCACAACCGCCAAGAAACGCUCACUGGAUAUGGCAGAUUCAGCGUGUAACAGCGCUCCUGGAUCCGGCCCCAGCUCUCCUAACAGCAUCAGCAACAUCCCCAAUGAGAACGGCGUCACUGUGGCAGUCUCCAACAGCAUUGACGUGUCCCUGGCUCAGCGGUUGUGUGGUGGUGAACUCAGCCAGCUGUCUCUGUACACGUCCCCCUCCCUCCCCAACAUCACCCUAGGUCUGCCUGCCACGGCCACCUCUGCUUCCAAUGUGACCUCAGCCCAGCAGGAUGGGGGUCAACAUUCGGCCCUCUCCCUCAGCCCCCCCUACCUAGGCGGUGCCCCCCUAGCCACCUACCUGGCUGACGGAGGGGGCGCAGGGGGGGCACGGCCCAUACUGCAGCACUUGGUCCUGCUGGAACAGACUGGCGCGCACGGGCCCCUCCUGGCAGGUGUGGACGCCCUCCAGUCUCCCUCCAUCCACAAGCUGCGUGGGCAGCACCGUCCCCUGGGUCGGACCCAGUCGGCCCCACUGCCCCAGCAGAACGCCCAGGCCCAGGCCCUGCAGCAGCUGGUGGUCCAACAGCAACACCAACAGUUCCUGGAGAAACACAAACAGCAGUUCCAGCAGCUACACAUCAACAAGAUGAUGGGCAAGCCCAGUGAGCCCACGGUGGCCCGGCAGCACCAGAGUCACCCGGAGGAGACCGAGGAAGAGCUGAGGGAGCACCAGGCCCUCUCUCCCCAGGACGGAGGCUUUCCGUGUGGGAUCGCCAUCAAACAAGAGCCCCCAGACCCCCAAGAGAACCAGGAGGAGGACAUGCAGCAGGAACUACUGUUCAGACAGCAGGCCAUGUUGUUGGAGCAGCAGAGAAUCCACCAGCUGAGAAACUAUCAGGCUUCCAUGGAGGCAGCCGGUCUGUCAAUCACCUUCCCAGGUCACCGCCCCCUCUCCAGGGCCCAAUCGUCUCCGGCCUCCGCUUCCUCCUUCCCCAUCUCUGUCCCGCCCCCUGAGCCUCCCACCAAACCUCGCUUCACCACAGGGUUGGUGUAUGACUCUCUGAUGCAAAAGCACCAGUGUAUGUGCGGGAACACACACACCCAUCCGGAGCACGCCGGCCGCGUCCAGAGCAUCUGGUCCAGACUGCAGGAGACAGGACUUAGGGGACAGUGUGAGUGUAUCCGUGGUAGGAAGGCCACUCUGGAGGAGCUCCAGACAGUCCACUCUGAAGCCCACGUCCUGCUGUAUGGAACCAACCCCCUCCGACAGAAACUAGACUGUUCAGUCACGCCCAUGUUGGUCAGAUUACCAUGUGGAGGAGUGGGGGUGGACAGUGACACCAUCUGGAACGAGGUCCAUUCCUCUACUGCAGUUCGUCUGGCUGUAGGUUCUGUGGUGGAGCUGGUGUUCAAAGUGGCCACUGGUGAACUGAAGAACGGCUUUGCUGUGGUUCGACCCCCUGGACACCAUGCAGAAGAGAGCACUCCCAUGGGCUUCUGCUACUUUAACUCAGUAGCCAUCGCAGCCCGACUGCUCCAACAGAGACUCAACGUCUGCAAGAUCCUCAUAGUAGACUGGGAUGUUCACCAUGGCAACGGGACCCAGCAGGCAUUUUACGACGACCCCAACGUGCUGUACCUGUCUCUCCAUCGAUACGACGAUGGAAACUUCUUCCCUGGCAGCGGAGCACCCGACGAGGUGGGCAGUGGUCCAGGAGUAGGUUUUAACGUUAACAUGGCCUUCACCGGGGGUCUGGAGCCACCUAUGGGAGAUGCAGAGUACCUGGCAGCCUUCAGGUCUGUGGUGAUGCCCAUAGCUAAUGAAUUUGCUCCUGACGUGGUGCUGGUUUCCUCAGGCUUCGACGCCGUUGAGGGUCACCCUCCUCCCCUAGGCGGUUACACCCUCACCUCCAAAUGUUUUGGGUACCUGACGCGUCAGCUGAUGACCCUGGCGGAGGGUCGCGUGGUGCUGGCAUUGGAGGGAGGUCACGACCUCAUGGCCAUCUGUGACGCCUCCGAGGCCUGCGUCUCCGCUUUGCUUGGCAACCAGCUGGAUCCUCUCCCUCAGGUGCUUCUGGAGCAGAGACCCAACCAGAAUGCUGUGUCUUCCAUAGAGAAGGUUAUAGAAACACACAGUAAGUACUGGCGCUCCAUGCAGCGUGACUCCCCCAGGCUGGGCCUGUCUGUGCUGGAGGCUCAGAGAGGAGACUCGGAGGAGGCUGAGACCGUCAGCGCCAUGGCCUCUCUCUCCGUGGCCAACAAACAGAGCAGGUCGGAGGAGGAACCCAUGGAGGAGGAAGCACCAUUAUAGGGGGGGAAGCAUAAGGGCGUCGCACCGUGACUGUCGGCCUCUGAAGCUCGGAAUACUACCUUCUGGACAGUCUCAACUGUCCCUUUCAUUUAGUCCCUCCGCGCCGUGCCUAUCACCUUGAUUGGCAGCUCCUCUGCCAAUGAGGGAGAGGGAUGGGCUUCAGAGUAGGGAGUCAAUGGGGGUACGAUAUGAAGGACGGAAGUGACAAAGCGCUGCAGCCAGGCAGCUCAGCGUGGUCAGCUCACCGUGACUCUAAAGAGACGUUUGUUUCUGCCAGUCAGACUGAGGCAACCCCAGAAGACGCCCCCAUAAGACACCCUAGCACCCGAGGCAGGGCGUGGGUACUCAGAGUGGAGGAGGAGAAGGGAAAGAUCUGGUGUUUUACAGAGCUCCCCCGUGGCCAAAUAUGGAGACAGAGGACAGGACAAGUCUGGCUGUCACACCCAGCUUGGACAUUUAUUUUCUCUCCUGCUUUUGUCCUCCUAAAUGGAGGACAUGCUACUGAUGGAGAUGGUGGCUACUGAUGAGAGAUGGCGGACAAAAAAGCCCCUAGGAGAAUUGUCGGGCUGUCAUUGGCUGAGGACAGUAGACUUGACUGUGGUUGGCCGUUGAGCAAGCGGCCUUUGCCGUUAUUGGAUGAUGAGGCUAUUGGAUCUUUGCCUUAUUGAUGCAGCUGGUAGUUCUGUGAUGGAGGGUCCACCAAUGAGAGAGUGCCUUUGUGAAGCUCUGAUGGAUUUCAGGAUUGAGUCAGAAAUGAAGAUUGCCUUAAAUGAUGUUCCUGACCAGGGGAGAGAGAGAAAUACAUUUUCCCUGUUUGAAAGAGGACAGGAUGGUGGAAAAACUGAUCUUUCAGCAUGUUUACCAGGAUUGUGACGUAGACGCCGUUUGUCUCUCACAGCCUCUUUUAGGGGUUAUUCAACUUUUGGAUUGAUAUAUUUUCCUGUAAAAAUGCUUCAAAAAGGUAGUUGCAAGCAAACAUUUGAAACGUUCAACUUCCAGUUGAUUCGUAAAGCACUGUUGAAGGUUAGCCUUAUGUAGCUUCCCUUUAUCACAUAACGAAUCGCUAACGAUAACAAAAGCAUGUCUCACCAGAAAGACCUGUCGGUUGCGAGGUUAAAGGUUAUCCAAAAAGAAGUAGUCAAGCAAAAGAAAAAAGCCAAAGCAUGAGUUUGCAUCCAGCUCUUUCGUACCACUAGUAACAGCAGGCACACACAGUACUGCUACUGGCUUUCUCAAACAAGGCUUUUGAUUCCAAGCACACUGUUCUGGAGGUAACGGAUCAAACAUGUAUAUCUCAACCUUUAGUUAAAUAAUUAUUCAAUUCCAAUGUAUUGUUUGGCAACUACCUUAGUUAAUAGUUCCUAUAAACAUCUUGUCAUGUAUAUUGAAUUGAACAUAUUGUAAAGCCAAGUGUUAAUUUGCCAUCUUUGAAACUAUCAUUUCCACAUCAAGCUAGUCAAUCGACUAUACCAUCAUCAACUUUUUCUUAAUCAAUGAUCUCAAGUGUGUGACAAUUCUAUUUUUGGCAUGUAUGAAAAUCUCUAAUUUUUAACAUACUUUUUAUAUUUGUGUGUUUGUCAUUUUGUGUUGUUACUCUGUACAGUUGAUGUGCCACUUGCUCUUAGUGUCCUCAUCAUGCAUUGGGAUGGAGAUCAGCCUUUCUACUUUAUACCAUGAUUCCAGCAAUUGUCUAUUUACUUACAGAAUGAUCCUGUUUACAGAGAAGUUGUACAUGGGGAAACCUAGAAAUAUAUUAUAUACGUAGCCUACAUGAGAGCUAUGACGUUGUGAAAGAGACUAGCUAUGGCAAAGAUGGUAUCACUCCAGUAAAUAACUCUAAAAACCUUAUUUGGGGGGGGUUGAGGUUGACUGCACUGUUUUAAGCUGGCCCUGGUUGGAGCAGGCCCUGCACUCAGCAGCACUGUUUUAAGCUGGCCCUGGUUGGAGCAGGCCCUGCACUCAGCAGCACUGUUUUAAGCUGGCCCUGGUUGGAACAGGCCCUGCACUCAGCAGCACUGUUUUAAGCUGGCCCUGGUUGGAACAGGCCCUGCACUCAGCAGCACUGUUUUAAGCUGGCCCUGGUUGGAACAGGCCCUGCACUCAGCAGCACUGUUUUAAGCUGGCCCUGGUUGGAACAGGCCCUGCACUCAGCAGCACUGUUUUAAGCUGGCCCUGGUUGGAACAGGCCCUGCACUCAGCAGCACUGUUUUAAGCUGGCCCUGGUUGGAACAGGCCCUGCACUCAGCAGCACUGUAUUUGGUCUCUCUUCCACACAUCACUCUGAACACAGAAAGGGGAACACACUGAUUUGUUUUUGUACUGUAUUGUUCCUGGCUACACUGUAGCUAGCUAGACUCUCAAGAAAAGCAUGGGGCAUUUUAAAGACACUUAGCUUUCGCGUUUUACUUCAUUGGGACCAACCAAAAUGACAUACCGAGGUUACUUUUGACACCAUAACACACUGUUGUUGAUUGAUAGCAUGGUUACUGCUGUGCUGCCAUGGUCACUGCUGUGCUGCCAUAGUUACUGUACAUUAGCAUACCUCAACUUCAGAAAAUGUUGUGACAUCACUUCUUCCUGUUGUCGCUACAUUAGUGGGGUUGUUAAGAAACGAGAGUCAUGAUAUUAGUGGGUAGGCAUGGUCUCAUUGUAGUUCAAACUAUUCUCAUCCCUAGUAUAUAACUCCUUUUACUUUUCAAUAAUGUUCUUACACUAAUUUUGGUAGUAUCAUGUUUCCUUUUCAAGAUUUAGUAAACGUUGUAUUUAUUUUUGCUUUGCUUUGUGUUUGCUCUCAGACUCACCAUUCCUAUGAAUUGUUUCAGAGCCCCAGGGUUUGGUAUGUUCCUUUAAAAAACAUUUCUUUAACGUUUCUGCUUUUUUUCUUUCACGGCCUCUAAUUCUCUGCAUGGUUUGUCUGUCCGCAUGCCUGUCUGGCUGUACGUCUGUGUAACACUGUAUUUGCACAGUAGAAGAAAACUGGAGGACUAAAUCCCAUCCCAGAAAACCCAGCGUGAAUGUCUCUUCUUCUUUGGUGUACUAAGGAUACAAAGGACUUAACUUGUCAAAAUGAAUUCCACAUUAGAUUAAAAAAAAAUUCAAUGCUCAGUUUUUGUAGGGAAAUUACCCAGCACUUAAACAAGAUAAUGGACAAUAGACUUGACUGUGUUUAGAGUAAGAGAAAUAUGGAUUAGCUAGGCUAAUCUCCGAGUGUAUUUAUGCUGGCUUCACAUGCUCAUGGGAAGUGGGACAAUUAAGUCCGACAUGAUUGUGUUUAAGUGCUUUUGAAGUCGGAAAAGUUCUUCAACCAAUAGGAUUUUAGCUAGCUUAUCAAAGUUGCUAAUAAUAAUGUUAGCUAACUUGCUUAACAUUGACAAUAUGGUCAAACUAGCUACGUUCUCCAUAUUGAUGAGGUCGUAGUUGUCAAACUGAUUUGUUAUUUUUUGGUUGAAAAGGUUAAAGGUCAGUGGUGAAACAUCACAGCUCGCCAACUCGGGCGACAACAUUUUCUCAGUUUCCCACUUGAAAUUCCAACUUGGGAGGGUCGCUCAAGUGAAAUUUCUCAGUUGGAAAUAGGAACUUCCGAUACCACACGAAUGUGGCAUUACACCCAUCUAGACUGCUUGUCUCUCCCUAAGAGUGUUUCUAGAGUGUUGGGGACAGACACACAAAGUAGACAAUGGCUAAAACGUCAGACCUUUAAAACACUCCAUAUGUGGUUGAUUGGAAGGGAAUUUUCUGCAGACUCUUAUCCACUUAAGCCAGUUGUAUUUAAAACCACUGUGGUUAAAAAGAGCUAUUCUCGGUUUACAUAUGUAAAUGAAAAAGUUAUUUUUGUUUUCUUUCCAUUCCAUUGUUACAAAUGAUAUCUUGUUGGGACCUAUAUGCUUUUGACAUUUUGUCUCAGACAUAAACUCUAAAAUAUAUUUCUGAAAAAUGAA